AUGCAAGCGCGGCGUCUGGCCAAGCGCUCCAGUCUGGGGAACCGGCGCUUGAACGCGGCGGGGCCGCCCUCGGCCGCGCAGCCUUUCCCGGAAUCGGGCGGCCGCGGCAUAGCGAAGACCGAAAACUCCUGGAGGCCGCCUCGGCGCGAGGGCUCGGCGGCCGCCCUCGAGGAGGAGGACGAAGAGGAGGACGUGGUGGUGGACGUCGAGGAGGACGACGACGCCGACGAGGCGGAAGAGCUGUCUGGGUCGGUAACCAGCAUAAAGCAUGAAAUGACCUGUGCAGCAUUUCAAAAGGAAGACCUAAAAAGUGAUCUAAAUCAAAAACUCUCAGAUCAGCAAUUUUUUGUGUUGGCUAUGAAGGAAGAAGAUUCAAAAACAGAGACCAAAAAACUUGGCAGAAUUCAUGAUCAUGAAAAAGAAAACACUCGUUCUAUCUGUCUUCUUGAACAGAAGCGCAAAGUUGUAUCUUCAAACAUUGAUGUGCCUCCUACAAGAAAAUCUUCAGAAGAAGUGGAUAUGGAUAAAGUCACAGCAGCUAUGGUUCUAACUACUUUAUCCACCAGCCCUUUGGUUCGCAGCCCCCCAAUCCGUCCUAAUGAAUCCUUAAAUGGAUCCUGGAAAGAAGGAGGAUUUGUGCCUUCCAGUACCAGCAGCAGUGGGUAUUGGAGCUGGAGUGCUCCAAGUGACCAAUCAAACCCAUCCACUCCAUCACCUCCCCUUUCUGCUGACAGCUUCAAACCAUUUCGAUUGCCAUCUCAAACUGACGAUGGCAUUGACGAAGCUGAAACUAGCAGUCUUCUUUUUGACGAACCUAUUCCUAGGAAAAGAAAGAACUCCAUGAAAGUAAUGUUUAAAUGCCUUUGGAAAAACUGUGGAAAGGUACUAAGCACUGCUGUUGGCAUUCAGAAACACAUCCGGACUAUUCAUCUUGGACGUGUAGGAGAAUCUGACUACAGUGAUGGAGAGGAAGAUUUUUACUACACAGAGAUACGUCUCAACACUGACUCAGUAGCUGAUGGAUUAAAUAGUUUAUCUCCAGUUUCACCCUCUCUAGCAUUUCUUCCUUCUUUUCCAUCCCAAGAUGUGAACAGAAGUGAACUGUCAUGUGCCAAAACAGAUGCUAAAGGGAUGACGCCUCUAAGCCGUUCAGCUCCUACCAACCUCUACCUCAUUCACUCUGACCAUGCUUACCAGGCCACAGCUCCUGUGAACAUUCCAGGGUCAGCCAAGUUCACUCCCAAUGGAAAAAGCUUUAGCAUCUCUUGGCAGACACCCCCUGUUACCUUCACUGGCCUUCCAAUUUCACCAACUCACACACGGCAUGUGGGGAUCGGAGAACAAAAGAACCAGGUCCAUGCGGUUCUUUCAUCACCACCUAGAGCAUCAGUGGGCCUCAGAAAACCUAGAGGAGAGGGCAAGAAAUGUCGCAAAGUGUACGGGAUGGAGAAUAGAGAUAUGUGGUGUACAGCUUGUCGUUGGAAGAAGGCCUGCCAAAGGUUUAUUGAUUGAAGCCCAGAAACAAUACAGAGUUGUGUAUAAUAGGGUUCCCUUGCUGCAACUGUGCAGUGUGACUCUUCCCACCUCAUUGAGCGCUAACGUCUAUAGAAGACUGGCACUCUAAAGCAAAUACAUUUAUUUCAAGGGGAAGGACUUCUCAAAAACCUAUAUGCAGCAAUAUAGGAAAAACUAACAAAAUCUUUACCAAGUUUUGAAUCAGGAGCAGCUAUAUGCAUCUUUCUUUAAAAGAACAGGAACAAAAUCUGUUUUUAAUACCUUGAACAACUCGCCUGUCAGGACAUUUGUCUUUCAUACUACAUCAUGAUCAGUAUUUCACCUUUGGAAUCACUUAAAGCCAAGAGUGAGUGAUGCUACUUUUCUUAGAAUGAAGUAAAUAAAACACAAAUACACAUGUGCAUACACAGACACACUAAACUUUAGAAAUAAGCUACGUUUUUCUCAAGAGCAGCUCUCCCAGAAGUGGUAAAUAAUUCUAUUGUGAACAGACUUGAUUCAGCGUCUGGUGCUUGUCCUUCAAGGAUAAUGGAAAGAUGCUUUGCUAAAGGGGCAAGAAAUUUAAGAGUAAUCUCAAACUCAGACCUGAAGGUUGAGCACCUCUUGUAUCUGUCCCAAAGAAGGCUAGUUGGGGUACAAUCACCAGCAGUCCUAAGCAAAAAACAAAAACCCACACAUGGGAAAGGAAUCUGAUUUUAAAUGAACUUGGAUUGAAAUCAGCAUACUUACCAUCAAUAUUUGGGUUCCAGGAUAUUUUCUUAGAAGCAAGUACUGAAAAAUGUACAUCUCACAGUGCUAAAGGCUCUGCUCAGACUAAUGGGCAGCCCAGAGGACUUCAUCAACAUUAAUCAGGGAUGUGAUCAACCCAUCAGCUUUUCCCUGCUUUUUAUGCCAUUAUUAGGUUAACAUUUUAGUUCAAACAGCAAAUUUUCACUUCAGGGGAUAGAAACUAGAAGGACAAACUGGUUUCCCACUUCCCGACAUGUAAAAUAUGAGUGCAGCAAAGCAGAUGUCUGUAUGUAAAAAAUUCCAUUUAUUAUAAAGUUCUUUCAAUAUCAGAAAUAAAAGCGUUCACGCUGGCUUGCACUUUCAUAGAUUUUUGUGCUUUAGUGUAAUUUAAUCUUUAUUUGGCCCAUGAGAUAGACUGUUG